AUUGUCAAAACAAGCAUGGCUGACGUAGUAUCCGUGGUAGAAAAGGAAAAGGAAGAGCAUGGCGAUGCGCCAGCUGAGAAUGAUGACAUUGUAGAAGAGGGUGGUCAAGCCGACGCACCCAAGAAGAAGAAAAAGAAGAAGAAAAAGAAAAAGACAGAUGCUGAAGCUCCAGAUAUAGAGCAGGAAGGAGGGUCUACGAAAACUGUUGAUGACAUCACAGAAAAGUUAGAAGGACAUACACUCAAUGGAGAGGCUGCUGAAGGUGAAAGCCAAGCUGGUGGAGAAGCUGUUGCAAAGAAGAAGAAGAAAAAGAAGAAGAAAGGAGGAAAACAGCAAACCGACCCACCAUCAAUACCAAUCUCUGAACUGUACCCAGACGGUAACUACCCAGAGGGAGAGGUGACGGAAUACCCGCCACUGAAGGAUGAUCGAACUGCCAAAGACAGAUUCACAAAUGAGGAGAAGAAGGCACUGGAUCGUGCCAACUCGUAUGUGUACCAGGAGGUACGACAGGCAGCCGAAGCUCAUAGACAGACAAGAAUGUAUAUGCAGAACUACAUAAAACCAGGAAUGACAAUGAUCCACAUCUGUGAAACACUUGAAAAUAUGGCGAGGAAACUAAUUAAUGAGAACGGCCUAGAGGCGGGACUAGCCUUCCCGACUGGCUGUUCCAUUAACCAUUGUGCUGCCCACUACACACCAAACGCUGGUGACCCGACGGUCCUGCAGUAUGAUGAUGUGUGUAAGAUUGACUUUGGCACGCAUAUCAAUGGACGAAUCAUCGACUGUGCUUUCACUCUCACAUUUAACCCAAAGUAUGACCGGCUCAAGCAGGCAGUCCAGGAUGCAACCAAUACAGGCAUAAAGGAAGCUGGCAUAGAUGUACGUCUCUGUGAUAUUGGCGAGUCCAUCCAAGAAGUAAUGGAAUCUUAUGAAGUGGAGUUGGACGGAAAGCAAUACCAGGUGAAAGCGAUCAGAAACCUGAAUGGCCAUUCCAUUGGGCCCUACAGAAUACAUGCCGGUAAAACGGUCCCCAUUGUGAAAGGAGGGGAAGCCACCAAAAUGGAGGAGAUGGAGUUCUAUGCAAUCGAGACAUUCGGUAGUACGGGCAAGGGGAUGGUUCACGACGACAUGGAAACCUCUCAUUACAUGAAAAACUUCGAAGUCGGACAUGUUCCUCUCAGGGUCCAAAAAUCUAAGCACCUGUUGAAUGUGAUCAACCAAAACUUCAGCACGUUAGCUUUUUGUCGUAGAUGGUUAGAUCGGCUGGGAGAGACCAAAUAUCUGAUAGCACUUAAGAACCUAUGUGACGUUGGCAUCAUAGACGCCUAUCCUCCACUGUGUGACACUAAGGGCUGCUACACAGCACAGUUUGAACACACAAUACUGUUACGGCCCACCUGUAAGGAAAUUAUAAGCCGAGGUCCCGACUAUUAAACCCGUAUGGAAGUUCUUGGUAUAGUGCUAUGGUUGGGAUGAUGCAGAGAUUAUAGGUUGUCCUUACCGGAGAUAACUGUAGUGCUGUGGUGAAGAUUGUGCUGAGGUCAGAGUGAAGCAGACCUCUACAUUUACACUUGUUGGAGAAAAGUGUAAUUAUGUCUACGAGAUUUAGAGCUGCUGAUGACUAGGACAAAAGAUUUAAGUAGGUUGUUGUCCCAGCAAUCUUGCGGAUAUCAAGGUUGGAUUUUAAUGAUAUCUUGUCCUGCAGAAAACUGCUGUAUGCUGAAUCACGAUAUAAUGGAGAAUUCAGAAAGAAAGAAAGUUCCUUUAAUUUACUUCAGUUUUCCAUUGCUUGUUGCAAAUAAAUCAAUAUAUAGAAUUUCCUAGUUUCUGAAGUACUGCCAGGUGCAUUGGUGCUUUUGUAUGCUAAAUUACUUCAUGGAUGUUCCAACAAGUAUACCAGCUGUUUUUGAGGACCGUUUUAGGAGGAUAUAAUUUAACUGUGAAACCAAACUUUACUGACACCAAGGAAGACAGAAUUAUAAGUUCAGAUAUGACACAAUUGCCAUUAAAGGCAAGUGUUUAGGACAGAAUUAAAAUGGUGAUUAAGGCUAGAAAUUUAUUUGGGAUGAUUCAGGAUGUCUUUAAUGUCAGGUUUUACUGUCAACAUUACUGCGCUCCUCCAAUGUAGCGUUUAGAUCACCCUCUAGAUGAAAGAAUUGCCCAGGAAGAAAUUUAUAACCUAAGUGUAAAACCUUGUUGUACUGCCAUCAUUUGUCCAGAGAUUUUUUAGCAUUUUUAAGGGUUUGGCGAUAUAUUGAAGGAAACAUAUAAAAGAAUUCUUAAGAAAAAGAUAAAAGGGGACAAUGAGUUUAUGUUGGUGGUAAGCAAAGUGGAAAGUGAAACAAGGGGAAUUACAUUGAGAUUUCACUGUAUUUACCAAUAUUUACAAAACAAUUUACAAAUGUCUUGAAUGUGCUGUUACUUGGGAGUUCACUGGGGUGUGUACUGCAGUUAUUGGAACAUUUUACCUCUAUCGACCAAAAACGAUAUUUUUUCCCUUUGGAAGUUUCUUUAAGCUCGGAACACAAUUUCUUUUAAAAGUUCAAUAACAUGUUACAUAUUAUGUAUAAAAUGUCAUUUUAAUCCUGUUGAUGCUUUAUUAUCCAGACAGAAAGCUUAGUAGAGGUUUAACCUGUGUUUAGAACUUGUGCUGGAGUGUUAAAUGGAUUAUUAACCUGAGGAUUUGCCACUAGUGAUCACUUAAAAAAAACAAGGGAUCCGGAACAUCUCAAUUUCAUGGUUUUGCAACAAAGAAUGCUCAACUGGAAAAGGCCCUGUUUGAAAUUAAAUAUUUUAAUUAAUAUUUUGUCCUACCCUAGUUCUAAUUUAAGAUGUUCCAUCUUCCCUUACAAGUAAGAUGUACUGUGAGUGCUCUAAAGCUACCUGUUUUUGAUAUUAAAGAGAGAAAUACACAUA